AUGUGCCGCAGCGGGAAGAAGCUGGUGCUCUGCCUCUUCCUGUCGCUGGUGAGCCCUUGCGAAGGCCAGCUGACCAUCUUCGCCUCACCUUCGCUGGCAGAACGCUUUGCAACCCAGGGGGCACAGGUCGACCUGGACUCGGGACAUGUUCGCCUGGCCGGCAGCACUGCCGUGCUGGGAUGGCCGCGCUAUGGCGACAUCUGUUCAGGACCACUGCGCUUCUACGACGUGAUGACCAAUUGCACCCUCAGCCGGAGCGUGCCAACCGCGGUGAAUCCCUGGAUCGCAGUGCUCCGGCUUGGGAGGAGCCACGGCUGCCCCUCCCUGGCAGUGGUGCUUCGGAUGGUUGGAGGCGAUGAUGCUGGUGCCUUAUGUGGCGCCGUGCUCCUGGAGGCAGGUGACAUGCCGGAGCUGGCACCAGGCGACACUCCUGGCACUUUCGUCCCAGUGUUGCGCCGCCCGGCCGCGGCCACGGCGUUGGCUGCCGCGAUGGAGGAGGCGCAGGCCGAAGGCCUGGCUUCUCUACGCGGAGAGCUGCAUUGGGGCCAGCCGGUGUUCAUUGAGUCGCUUCCGAACAAGUUGCUCCCCAUCGAGUUCUGGCUAAAUCCGGCCUCGGCGAGCCGCGCCCGGCUGCGUGCCGCGGCGGUGGCGCUUCGGCCCCUGAGGCAGCACCUUGCGUGGCAGAUUCACUGGCCGGUGAGUUGGAGGGCGGAGACCAAGAACGAUGAGUUCUGCAUCCGAGGAUCUGCGUUGAGCGACUUCCAUGCAGGGGGCUUCGUGUGCAUGGCCUCCGGCAACGCCUCGGGCUCAGCGCCGGCCUUGCUGGAGGAGGCGGCGCACCUUCGCUGCGUCCAGGAAGCCGACAUCACGCAGGAGAUGCGUUGGGAGUACCUCGAGCGGUUUCUUGCCUGCGAGGAGUCUGAUGGGGAGGCGGUGUGUGCUCGGCGACUCCAUGCGUUUGGCGCCCUAGGUUGCGGACCGGGCAACUUCACCGCCUUCAUCUUGACGGAGGCCAGCAAGCCGCGUCCGUGGCCCAUGGGACUUCGAGGCGAAUCGCCCGACUUCGCCGUGCGCAUUGCCGGCUGGGCCUUUGGCGGAAUGCCCGAGGCCGAUGCAGUCUUCGAGGCCGUCUGUGCCGUCCUGCAGCUUCCUGGCCCUACACAGAAGCCCUCUGCUUGCGGGGAGGUGUGGCACUGGCGCGCACCUGGCUUCUUCCUGCAGCGUGUACCGGUUUGGCCGCAUAGCUUCGUGUCGUUGCUGCUGAGCUUUCUUCUGCCUCUCUGCUGUUCUCCAUUGAAGAGGACACUUCUCCGACUCCUGCAGUGCUGCCGUUGCUGUCGCAAGCACGCGAAGGACUAG